GAUUCGAAUAUUGUGGAAGACAUAUGUGUGCGUUUCGUAUUUUGCUGUCCCUUCGAACGUGGUCAGGCUAUCCAGGCAAAUGGUGCAGAGCAUGGUCUGCCUCCUGUAAAGUCUGCGAAAGUACCGCUAGGAGCUGAGUUCCUCAUAAUUCCCGGAUUCGUGCGAGAAGCUGCCUGUGAAGUUUUCUUUGAACGAAGCAAUGAAGAUCCAUCCAUAGCCCAAAUGAUUCACAUGCUAGUUGAAAGAUGCCCACUGGAUCUCCGCAAAUUGAUGUUCGAGAGCAUUUUGCUUACAGGAGGCCCUACACUCAUUCCUGGAUUUCUCAGUCGACUGAAGGAAGAAAUCGCCGAUAUCGCGAAGACCAGUCCAAGUAAAAUGAAGCAAUGCGAAUCGAUUCGUUUCUACAGAUUCCCGAAUCAGUCUACCGAAUUGUAUCUGGGAUGGCUUGGAGUCGGUUUCUUGUCAUUACUUGCUGUGGUUUCAUCUUCCAUUGAUUCGAAUAGCCGGAUAAUCAUAUCGAAUAAGAAGUGUUUGAAACCCAUCACAUGA